ACGAGCGGAGAGCGCAGACUCAACCCCUCGAAGCUGCUCGCACUCGAACUCCCACCAAAGUUGCAGACCUGACGUAGAACGAACGGCUGUCAGCCGAACCUUAGGACCUGUGUGGGGAACUGGAACAAACUGUGACACUUGAACUGUUCCCGAUCGCACAAGACCACGUCAAAAGGUCUUGGUCAGUCUCACGCAGCCGGUAUGGCCGCCAUCACGGCAUCGCCCCCAGCAACUGCGGAUCCCACAACCGCAAUGAAUCCCACGACGACAGAGCACGACUUCCGAUUCCCGCGCCGGCCCUUGGAGGCCGACACCAUUAUCGCACGUAUCGACAACGAAACGAGCCCGGGCGAGUUGCGCAUGCAGGAACUCAACUUGGAUUUCGCAAGGCCUAGCAGUGCGCAUCAUAAUUUAUUGGACUCGUCCAUUUUCCCAACAUGGCGGCACGGCAUGGCCAGCACCAAGGACAGUUUGGAGCAGAUGCAGCAGAAUGAUCCUCUGGCAACUCAAGUGUGGCGCUUCUUCAGCAAGACGAAACAGAGUCUGCCCAGCCAGGAGCGCAUGGAGAACUUGACAUGGCGCAUGAUGCAUACAAAGUUGCGGACGCAGCGGCAGAAGCCAGAGGAGACGGAGUCACGAAGCAACAGUCGUCAAGCAGGAAUUACUGCAGGUGUCUCCAGCGGUAUUGCGCAACUGAGGAAAACUUCUGACCAGAACUGCGCCCAUUCUGACCCCAUGAACUUGGACGACUUCAUUUUCUCUGAGAACGUCUCUACUCCCGCCGGGCUACCUGCAACCCCGUCUUCCCCAGAGACCACCAAGCACGGAGACGACAUGGCGAAUAAUACUGCUGCUAUUCCAAUCAAAUCCCGCAAGGUCAACACCCAGCCAUUCGCUCCUCAAUCGGUGCCGGUGCCACCGCAUCAGCGAAAUCAGGAUGAAUUUGGUUAUGUUCCGCGACACACUCGAAAAACGAGUAUUGAUGAGCGGCGUACUCGAAACCUGAAGCGCCCAGCUGAUUUCUCCCCUCACACUCAAGCCGUCAACAGCAACUCGGCUGCCAACGACCUGGACGCCGAUUCUGACCUCCAUGAGUACUCUUUAGACAACCCCCAUACAGCUGGCAUCGCCCAGAUGCCUCACCACCCGGGCAUUCCCUUCCCUCUGGAUACCUUCCAAAUAGAUCAGGACCCCAUCAUCACCUCUGCUGGGCCUUUCCAACAGAACUUCUCCUUCUCGCCCUCCACCUCGCCCAUGGUCACUCAUGGCUCAUUCCCCAAUUUGUACAACCAUCCCGCCAUGACCCAGGGCUCCAUGAACACAUCCGACUUUUAUUCUCCCCCGGGUUCUGCUUAUCAGUCCACUGCGACGACACCGCAUCCCAUGCCUGAUAACGAUAAUAUGUUCUUCAACUCUAUGGAUAUACGUCACCAGAGACAACAGGCAUUCCAACAGCGCCAAGGUCACGCUGGGAACCCAAUGGGCCCGCAAUUCAUGUACCACGCGAACGGUAAUUCCAUGUUUCCCCAAGCGACAUCUGCUUCGGAUACAUCGAGUGUAUUCGCCCACUCCAACCAUUUUGGCCACGUCGACCCCAGUCAAGUGUUUCAGCCAGACCAUCCAGUUCGUUCGCCUGGAGUUGGCAUGAUGCAAGAAAGCAUGUUCACGUUUGGGGCGGAUUCGGAUAACGAAGAAGACGACGGAGGUGCAUUCCCCGAUCGCAAUAUGGGCGUGCACCAAGGCUUUUCCCCCGGUAUGGAGGAAGGCUUGGAUAUGGGCAACUCCAACAAUACUUUAGGAUGGGAUGCGUCCCUGCCCGGCCAGUUCAGCACACAAGCUGCCCGGUAUCCUGGGGGUCCUCCUCGCAAGCAAGUCACGAUAGGAGGCACCACUACGGACUAUGUCGAGUCCCACGAGGAUUGGGACGGUCCAGGUAGUAUGCCCCGAUCACAGUCCUUCAGAGCGGGUGGCGACAGGCGCCAGAAGAUCCCACGGACCGCUUCGACACCCAAUAAUAUGGCCGGCCGCGGGAACCUAUUCGACAGACUGGCUCAGUCGAACUCCAAUUCCCCGCCACCGGAUGCGUCAGGGAUUAUAUCUGGCUUCUCAUCAGUUGCGCCUAGCCGGCCGUCGUCCCCGCCUGGUUCAAAACAUGGUUCCACGAGCAACCUGCAAGGAGCCGCCGGGAACCAGGGCGAUGGAAAUGCUCCGACGACUUGCACCAAUUGCUUCACCCAGACCACACCCCUUUGGCGGCGCAAUCCCGAAGGCCAGCCUCUCUGUAAUGCCUGUGGGUUGUUUUUGAAGCUGCACGGCGUUGUGAGACCUCUUAGCUUGAAGACCGAUGUUAUCAAGAAACGCAACCGUGGAUCUGGUGCCAGCUUGCCCGUUGGGGGUACCAGCACUCGAUCUUCGAAGAAAAACAACGGACCGGGCAACGGCUCUGGUCCCGCCUCGCGGAAGAACUCGACCCUGGCAAUAUCUUCAACGCCCAACACGGUUCAGGCUACCACGCCCCCCGCUACUCACCGUGCUGGCAGCGCCAACGAGAGUGAUAGCCCGGUGAGCGGCGGUGGUGCGUCAGGAGGCAAUACAGCAGGUAGCACGCCAACAAGCUAUGCGGGCUCGGCCACCGGUGCAGUAGGUGGCAAGGGUGUGGUGCCAAUUGCCGCAGCUCCUCCUAAGAAUACCCCCGGACCCGGUGCGGCCUCGUCAUUGCCACGCAACGUGGCUAUGUCGGGCCCAUCCAAGCGCCAACGUCGGAGCAGCAAGAGCACAGGACCAAACGAAUCUUCCUCGAUGGAUGUAGACAGCCCUGAGAACUCAACUGGCUCUAAUGAAACAGCUCGGUCCGUCAGCUCGUCAAGCGGUGUCAUGGGCGGUAUAUCUACUGUUGGCAACAUGGGCCUUGCGAAUGGGUUUGGUAUGGCACAACGGCCCAUGAUGGGAUCUGGCAUGAUGGGAAUGUCGACUGGCCCGCCAAAUGGAAUGAUGAAUCCUGGAGCCGGUGCUGGCCCUCAGGAAUGGGAGUGGUUGACCAUGAGUUUAUAAGUCAGGACAUCUCGAUUUGUUCGGCUCACGGGUGGGCUUGACCACAACAGGGUUCUUGGUCAGAGCUGAGUUUCAGGACGCGUGCGUUCUAAUGCUUCAACUUCCAGUUUUCACCAGUGGAGCUGGUCAAUAAUUACGACAUCGUAAUGUCUUAUUCCCUAUUUCGACACAUCGUUUUCGAUAUCAACACCCAGUUGAGCCUAGGCUGCUCCUGGAGGUGGUUGAUUUUGUGGUUCCUCGGCGGCCAAACAAUCCGGA